AUGCUGGCUGAAGCUGCAGAGGUGGGGAAAAGCAUCCGUUAUGCCCGUCGAGACUUCGUCAGUCGCAAGACGAGGAUGACUGCUCUCCGGAACCCGAAGGGAACAACCAUUGAAUCGAGAAGGGGAAUGGAGAAAAUCAUCUACGACUUCUACUCUGAUCUCUUCGACAGCCAUGUCCACUUGCCUCCUCACCAUCUGAGGGAAGACGGACAUGUCAUUCCAGAGAAUAAGACCAGAACACCUGAAGAACCUUCCGCCAGUACUCAUCAACACCCUGGCGAGGCUCCUUACACGCUACCUGUCGGAAUGCAAGAGUGUUCGAAACUCAUCGAGGUAUCACGAGAGUACAAGAUGCCGCUCUUUCUCACCUUCAUCGACUUGAAGAAAGCUUUCGACUCGGUUGAGACGGAAGCGAUCGUGGAAGAUUUGGACAGCCAAGGCGUCCCUAUUGAGUACAUAAAGGUGCUUCGAGAGUUGUGCGGUAACUUCACCACCGGAAUUUCGCCAUUCUACUACGAGAACGUCAUUAUUCACGUGAAGAGAGGUGGGGGUCCUAUAGGGUGA